CGGACAGCGGGCAUCGGGUCACCAGGCAUCAGGUCAUUUGGCUCGACCGCGAGCACCGCGUCAUCUGGCAAGGCAGUGGGCUCCGAGUCAACUGGUAUGACCACGGGCACUGGGUCAGACAUUGGAUCGUCUGACUGGACAGCGGGCAUCGGGUCACCAGGCAUCAAGUCAUUUGGCUUGACAGCGAGCACCGCGUCAUCUGGCAAGGCAGUGGGCUCCGAGUCAACAGGCACGACAGUGGGCACCAGGUCAUCAGGUACCGGAUUGUCUGGUUCGACAGCAGGCAUCGGGUCACCAGGUAUCAGGUCAUUUGGCUUGCCAGCGGGCACCGCGUCAUCUGGCAAGGCAGUGGGCACCGAGUCACCAGGUACGACAGCGGGCUCUGAGUCAAUUGGCACGACAGCGGGCACCGGAUCAGGUACCGGAUCAUCUGGAUCAACAGCGGGCAUCGAGUCAACUGGC